CAGUUGUCCCUCGCCGGACGCCGUCCUUCCGGCUGUGGGUGUGGACGCCAGAUGACUACACACCUAAUGGAGGAGAAGCCACAGUAGUCCUCCCUCUACAAGUGGCACGAGACAAACUGUUAUAAACCGGCUCAGCGCGCUUAUUCUCCGGCCCGCGAGUCGUGGCGGGGAUGCUGCGUCAGGAUGGGGAAUCUGUUUGGGAAAAAGAAACAGAGCCGAGUGACGGAACAAGACAAGGCGGUUCUGCAACUGAAGCAGCAGAGAGACAAGCUGAGACAGUACCAGAAGAGGAUCGGCCUGCAGCUGCAGAAGGAGAGACUUCUAGCAAAGCAGCUGCUGCAGGAUGGAAGGAAAGAUAAAGCGCUGCUGCUGCUGAAGAAGAAGCGCUACCAGGAUCAACUUCUGGACAAGACGGAGAACCAGAUCGGGAACCUGGAGCGCAUGGUCCAGGACCUGGAGUUCGCCCAGAUCGAAACCAAAGUCAUCCAAGGCCUGAAAGUCGGAAACGAGUGUCUGAAGAAGAUGCACGAGGUGAUGUCCGUUGAAGAAGUGGAAAGGAUUAUGGACGAAACCCAGGACGCCAUCGAGUAUCAACGGCAAAUCGACGACAUGCUGGCGGGGUCUUUGACCCAAGAGGACGAAGACGCGGUUCUCGCUGAGCUGGAGGCCAUAACUCAGGGAGACGUCGAGCUUCCCGAGGUUCCAGAAGACGAGCUUCCAAACGUCCCCGAGGCCGCCGAGAACAAACCAGAGAGGGAUCGAUCCAGGAAGAAGCCGGAGCGAGAGAUGCUCGCUGCCUAAAGAACGCGACUGUCCUCCGUCAGCCGACCUGAUGGAUCUUCUCCAGCUGUCCCUCAUCUACCGUCGACCGCUGGAGGCGUCUCGCCUCUCAGACGCCGAGCUUCCUCCGUCACCUGGGCUGCUGCAGGUGGACGCGUGGAGCGUCCUCUGGAGAAACCACGGCCACCUGUGAGCUCAGACGACCUUUGAUUCAUUAGUGCUCCACCUAAACUCACCUGUGAGUCCUGCUUCUACUGGUUCCUGGAGGUUCCUCCUCGACACGACGGAGAGCGCCUUUUUAUUUGUGAUGCUCAGCGAAGUGAAAUGUAAUUAUUUUUUUAAUUCAGCAGCAGUAUGUCUUCAUUGUGCGGACCUUUGUAUCAGGACUACUCUCCACCCGAGAAACACACUGCAAAGAUCUGAAAAGUGUUUGGUUUUGUCUUUAUGCUUCAUAUCUGCUCUGUGGAUCACGUGACCUGUUGGUCAAAACAGUUAACAAUAAACUUUGAAAAGAAAACACUGACCUGAUUUAAACUGAAUAAUAAUGUUAAACUUUAAACCAACUGGUUCAGUUAAAUAACCAAAAAAAGUUAUUGGUUAGCUAGUGACAUCAAGACAAGUGAAAGUGUGCCGUCGGGAUGCGCUACACCCCCCCCCCCCUUCUGUGCAAAGGAUUGUGGGUCAGAAUGCAGCGUGAGCAUGUUGACGGGACACAACCAGCGGGCGCCGUCCGAUCAGAGACCUGAUUGUUCCAUCGCUGCUACAGACCUCGUUAAAGUUGCCUCCAUUCACAGAGCUUAAGCUCGGUUUAAUUUACUAAUCUGUAAAUCCGUUAAUCUGCUGACGAGGUUUCAUCUCACCGCCCUAAAACACUACAGCCUUUUCACAAUAAAAGUCUUUGUUUCCAGACUUCU